CUCUGCCGAGGCUCGGCUGGGAGAGACGGACGGACGGACGGACGGACGGACGGGAGCUUUGCUGAUGGACAGCGGAGCUGCCGGUACUCAAAACUGCGUCUUCGCCCAGCUUUGAGCGCAUUCCUUGUGAAGCAGCAACUAGAAAUAAUCCUUUAGGAAAGGUGCUGUGCUUGUUAAAAACCAAGUGUUAACGGGCUGGAAGACAACAUGCCUAUUUACACAGUUCCUGGCAGAAGCCCUGCUGGGACACGAUGCACUGCCACUUUGCAGAAGGCUUCCUCGAAUGAUACCUUUGCCAGCAGGAAAGCAUCUGGGCAGCAACUGAAGUCACAGGAGUUGGGAGAAGAAGAGAAUAGUCUACUUCCAUGUUCUCAGAAAAAGGCUGAGGAAGUAAAUAGGACUUAUGUGAUUUCAGCUUGUGAAAAAGUGGGUGACGCAUCAACUACUUUUACAUCUGAGGGCAGGUUAACACUUCAGAGGAGAGCUGGAGUAAGAAAAAAAACAGUGUCCAGUGGUGAACCGUUGCAUACAAAUGCAACACAGGGCACGGAAGAGCUACAAACAGAGAAAAGACUUACUCUGCGGAGGCGUGUGAGGACUGGCUCCACUGAGAAGAGUAAUAUCAAUCAGAAUAUUGUUCCUAGGAAAGAAAACUUGCCAGCUGAUGCACAAAGAAAUUACAAGAUUACACUUCCACAGAAUAUUAAUGAUACUGAUGUUGUUAAACCAAACUUGAAGUUAGCUGAGGGUCAGUCCAGUACCAAAUUGCAGUGUAACUUGAACAGCAAGGAUUCCUUGGGUUUGUAUGGUGUCUGUAAAAAUGGUAUCUCCAUGCGUUUAAAAGAUAAGACAGGCACUGCUGAUACAAAAUCUCAAAAUGAAGUUCCUAAAUCAGAGCAUUAGUUACCCAAAAUGUAUUAUAGGCUAUCAGGAGAACUGAAUGAAAAAGGCAAUAUAAAUAAGCUAGCUGGAAAGCAAAGGGUACAGCACUUGAUGAUAAAACAUAACAGUUUGGAAAGACCAAGGACCCCCAGCCAAAGGUUUAACAGAAGGAUUAAGCUUACACCAAAGAACAGCACUUUUCAAGAUCACACCUCUCAAACUGGCCUCAAUGAACAAACACCUCAUCUUCAAAUUUUAGCCAAGAAGACCCACAGUGUCUCCAGCUCUCUUCCUGGGAGUAGAAGUUCAGAAGCAGAAGCGAACACAGAAGCUUUAGUUGAGAGCAGUAGAACUGAAGGAGAUGUUUUCAAAGUGAAAAACAGCAAAGUGAUUGUGGCUGUGCGGGUCCGGCCCUUCAGUAACAGAGAGAAAACUGAAAACUCACUCCCUGUAAUCUGCAUGAGUGGUUCAGAGACAACUGUACAAAAUCCAUCCACAAACCAAGUUUACAGCUUCAGUUAUGACUUCUCCUUCUGGUCUUUUGACAAAUGUCGUCCUAAUUUUGCAAACCAAGCAGUUAUUUAUCAAGCUUUGGCAGUGCCACUCCUUGAAAGAGCUUUUGAGGGAUACAACGCUUGUCUUUUUGCUUAUGGGCAGACUGGUUCUGGAAAAUCAUACACGAUGAUGGGAUUUGAUGAAGACCGAGGAAUAAUUCCAAGACUUUGUGAAGAUCUUUUCGAUCAAAUAGCACAAAUGGACAAGGAACAGGUUUUGUAUCAUCUUGAAAUGAGCUUCUUUGAAAUAUACAUGAGAGAAAUCCAUGAUUUGCUUGUCUUUAAAGCUGAAAAUGGGCAGAAAAAACAACUUCGUGUAAGAGAACAUCCAGUGCUAGGACCAUAUGUGGAAGGCCUGACAGUGAAUGUUGUUCGUUCUUACUCUGAUAUUCAGAGUUGGCUUGAACUAGGAAAUAAGCAGAGGGCAACGGCUGCUACAGUAAUGAAUGACAAGAGCUCUAGGUCUCAUUCUGUCUUCACCCUUGUCAUGACGCAACCAAGGUAUUGCCAGGUAAAAUUUGUGAAUGAAGAACAGUGUGAUCGUAGGCUUACCAGUCACAUCAAUCUAAUUGAUCUCGCUGGCAGUGAGUGCUGUGCCAAAGCUCAGACUACUGGAGAGAGGCUGAAGGAAGGUGUGAGUAUCAAUAAAUCGCUGUUAACCCUUGGAAGGGUUAUUUCUGCACUCUCUAGACUUUCAAAUGGAAAGAAAACUUUCAUUCCUUACCGGGAAUCUGUUCUUACUUGGUUGUUGAAGGAAAGUCUUGGUGGGAAUUCCCAAACGACGAUGAUUGCCACAGUAAGUCCAGCUGCCAGCAGUAUGGAGGAAACACUCAGCACCCUCCGCUAUGCGAAGCAGGCUUGUUCAAUUAUCAACAUUGCUAAAGUAAAUGAAGAUGUAAAUGUGAAGCUAAUCAGAGAAUUGAAAGCUGAAAUUGAAAGGAUGAAGGCAGCUCAGAAAAGUGCUCUGAACACUGAUCGUGAAAAAUACAGGCGUUAUUUGCAGGAAAUAACAUCUUUGAGGGUAGAACUGCACCAACAGGAGAGGAACAUGGCAGAAAUGCAAAGGGCCUGGAAAGAAAAAUUUGAAGAAGCAGAAAAAAGGAAACUAGAAGAUAUAGAGGAACUGCAGAAAGCUGGAAUUGCAUUCAAAAUGGACAAUCAUUUACCAAACCUCGUCAAUCUCAAUGAAGAUCCUCAACUUUCUGAGGUGCUGUUGUAUAUGAUCAAAGAAGGAGAAACUACAGUUGGAAGGUGUACACCAAAUUCAAAACAUGAUAUUCAGCUUUCUGGAGUGCUGAUUGCUGAUGAUCAUUGUGUUAUAAAAAAUGCUGUUGGCCAAGUAAGUAUUAUUCCACUGAGAGAAGCAAAGACAUAUGUAAAUGGGAAAUGCAUUUUGAACCCAACAGUUCUGCAUCAUGGUGAUAGAGUGAUCCUUGGGGGAGACCAUUAUUUCAGGUUUAAUCAUCCAGCAGAGGUUCAGAAAGUUAAAACACCUUCUUGUGGGACUACGUGUUUGCAUGAUGGUCCAAAAGAUUUUGAAUUUGCAAAGAAUGAGCUGCUUAUUGCACAGAGAACACAUCUUGAAUCAGAAAUUGAAGAGGCACGGCUCAAAGCCAAGGAAGAAAUGAUGCAAAGUGUCCAAAUUGCAAAAGAGAUGGUUCAACAAGAGCUGACCUCACAAAAAGAAGCUUAUGAAAGCAAAAUAAAAUCACUGGAAGCAGAGGUGAGAGAAGAAUCUCGUAAGAAGCAAAUCCAAGAAAUGAAUAACCAAAAAGCUGCAACUAAAAUACAGGAGCUAGAGAAGGCAAAGCAAAACCUUGAGCUAGAACUACAAUUCAAUAAGAAACGUUUAGAAAUGGAGACCUUGGCUACCAAGCAGGCAUUAAUAGACCAUACUAUUCGUCAUGCAAAGAUACUGGAGGCUCUGGAAUCUGAGAAGCAGAAGAUUGCUGAAGAAAUACACACCCUUCAGAAGAACCGUGGGAGUGGGAAUAGAACAGUGACAAGUUUGUCCACUAACUGGAAGUCUUUGAAGCUGUCAGUGAUGGUCAAAGAGGCCAACACCAUUAGUAAUGCAUUAGGGAAAAACACUAUUUUCUGCAGGCAUGACAAAAUUGAUGAUAAAACAGGAGCAGUGUCUUCUGUUCAGGUGCAGGUUCGUAACAUCAAGCUGGGAAUAGCAACUUUUUGGAGUCUAGAGAAAUUUGAAUGCAAACUAGCAACAAUGAAAGAACUGUAUGAGAAUAAUGAUAGAAAUAAAGCUGCUGAUGUGUUUUAUGAUCCUGCUGAUGAGUGGGAACCUGACCUUUCAGACACCUCAGUUUCUUCUCUUUCCAGAAGAAGAAGUAGAAGUUUCAUGAAGAACAAGAGAAUUUCUGGAUGUUUGUCAGAGAUAAAAUUGCAACCCAUUCAGAAUAUACAGACUUCCUAUAUAUCAGGUACUUGCUAUAUGAACAAGUCCAGCAUAUACCCAAGCUUUUCUGAAUCGUUUCUUCCUGGAAUUUGCAAGGAAUCUAUAAGUUCAGCUUUAGAUUUGCUGGAACAGAAUCAUGAAGUGGGAAAAACCAUAGCAGACAGUCUCCUAACUAAAUUGUUUAUAAUUUUUUCUGGAGUGUCUGCCAUUUCAAAAGCCUAUGAACAGCAAGAUGAAGAAUGUCAAGAAAACUUUUUCAAUCUUGAUCCUACUGCUCAGUCCUACAGCAUCAGAAUUAUCUCUGCUUUUGACCAGAUUGUGGUUCUAAAGCAGCUCUGGCUUAACAAUAUCCAAAAGUGUCCUGGGUCUAUAAAAGUUGAUGAAGAAAUGAAACGGGAAAUAAAGAACUUGGGAGGUUAUUUACAGUUACUGCUGCAGGGAUGUUCUUCAGAUAUAUCCUCAAUGGUAACAGAAGCAUGGAGCAGUAACCAAACAGUAAAACAAACAAUGAAAUACAUAGGACACUUGGCAGUAGUCACAACAGCUGAUAUUUCGUUUCCUGAAGAGAACAAUAUUCCUACAUCUAGUCUACAGGAAUUUGUACUUGCCAUUUAUGAUGGAGUAGGCUCAGGUCUGGAAUUUCUCAUUGAUACUGUACAGGAGAAAGCAAGAAUGGUACAGAAAAAACUUCUGAAACAAUGUCCACAAAAUGAGAUUCAAAAUCGAAUAAAGGAUAAUGUUGUGGCAUUAGCCAGAUUCCUUGAAAAUAACAUCUCUUACUGCAGAAAGAAAAAAAUAGAAUCUCAGUUACCAGGAGAAGAAUAUCUGUAUCGAGAAAUAAAGAAAAGCACUAAGAUUGCUGUGAAAUAUUUGGAAUUGGAGCAGUGCCUAACUGAAGUCUGUCGAAUUGUUUCUUCGAUGUUACAAGGGUUGUACAGAAACACAAGCCCCCUCAGGAGCUUUGCAGAAAAUAUUUCUGUCAUAGGUGGAUAUUUUAACAACUAUUUCAGUUUAUUUGCCUUGUCUUCUGCAAACAACCCUAUUCAGAAGAUACCCCGAGCUUUUAUGAACUUGGAUGAACUGGACUCUCUGGUUGAUUCCCUUAUUAUGAAUUUUGAACUUGAACAAGGACAGCCAUCACUGCAAUCUCAAGCUGUUUGUAGUGAAACUACUGAGACUCAAGGAGGACAGGUUGAAACAGGUGAAGCUGAAUUUGCUCGAAAAUGGAAUGGGACUCUGGAACACACAGAAACUCCAGAGCUUUCACCUGGUAGGAUAGAGUGGGUAUAAAAUGUUAUCAACAAAUGAAAGGAAACUCUUUCCUAUUGCCUGAAGGCAAAGUAACAUGUGCCACAAAAAGCUAACAUUUAUUACUAAUAUUAGUGAGUGAGUGAUGUGAAAGUAAGUGACAUGUUUGUAUGAGGAUAAGUACCCUAUAUUUCACCAAAAAAAAAUUCCUUAAGAGGCUGCCAGACUUGAAAAUACAAUUCCUUUUGUUUUAAUAAAUGUCUAUUAUUACCUAAGUUUAUAAGAAAUAAUUUAAUGCAGUAAGUAAGAAAUCAGUUGGAGAUGUUAUGAACGGGUAGACUAAAACUCUUGGGGAAUAACUAGGAAACACAGUAAAGGCUUGGUAGGACAUUCACAUCUCUUCAUCAUAAACCAUGAUUUAGGACUAUGUGGGAGAUUCCUUUGAAGGGCAUUCAUAACACAUGUUAUAUUGCAUACAGUUAGGUAAGAAGACUGCCUUCCUAACUUGGACACUUGAAAGGUAAAUGAUGUGGGAAUCAAUUUUCUUUUUCUUUUUUUUUUUGAGUUGUUGCUUCACUUCUGCUGCAUUAUGAUCUAGUAGUGUUACUACAAACUUAAAGUGGGUUUUUUAUACCUUUUUUAAACAGAGCAAAACCUUUGUAUUUAUUUCUGUAGAGAAAAACUGAGAGAGAGUAAAAGUACUUUACCAACCCUAUUUGAUAAAUGCUUUUUUAAGUAGUUUUGUAGAUCUUUGAAAAAUCUGGGCUUAAAAUGUAUCAGUGAUGCUGCUCUUCAACAUGAUGUGAAGUAAGUUCAUGUUGAGUUUGUUGCUAGUGAGAUAUCUUUUGAUUGCUCAAAUGAUUUUCAAUACUAUUCAUAUUGGAAUAGAAGCGUAUCUCUAAAUAUGUGUUAACCCAUGAGGUUGUAGAGAAUUUUCCCAGUCAACUACUUCUUUAUGCUUUUUAUUGUAGUAAUUGUUUAACACCUUAAUUUUAGUCUGUUGGCUGAAGCCAGUGCAAGUUGACAGGAAGGAUGGAAAUUAAUUUGAGUUUUUAUUCUUUAAGACUGGGUUUUAGGAGGCCUGGAGUGAGCACAAUUUACUGACAACAGAGCAGUGAAGUUUGUAAGCUAAAACCAAAGAUUUUUCCUGUACAUCAAAGUUUCUGUCGUGGUUUAAGCCCAGCUGGAAACUAAGCAUGACACAGCUGCUCCCUCACUGCCCCACCAGUGGGGGAGAAUCAGAAAGGUAAAAGUGAGAACUCCUGGGUUUGAGAUAAAGACAGUUUAAUAGGGAAAGCAAAAGCCACACAUGCAAGUGAAGCAAAAGAAGAAAUUCU